AUGAAGAAAUUGUUGUUGCAUUGCGAAACGACGACCAUUCCGAGCCAAGCGCUGGCUAUGAUGACACUCGCAACGAAUCCAUCAUCUCAUACCACUAAGAUUUUAAAGAGCAACUUGGUGAUGUCAAGAAGAAUCAAUGUUCACAAUUACGAAAAUAGUAUUAUUCGGAGUUUCCGAAGCAACUCUUCAAAUUUUCUACUCACCACUUCGUUAGCUGAUUUAAAGCAAAACCAAAACAUCAAUCAUUCAUUCGCAAAUUCACUUCCAAAACUAUAUUAUUUGUUUCUUAUUGGAGGAGGAAUUGUGUUAGUUGCCAAUUUUAUUGGAAUAAUUUAUUACAAGAAACAAUUUAAUGAAUUGAUAAAAGAAAAAAUUCCAGUUUUAAACGAUGAAGAAGUGCAUCAAUCCUCUCAAAUAUUGGACAAUGAACAACUAAAAAAGCUUAAAGAAUUAAUUACAGCUGUUCGCUCUUUGAUUAGAGUGGGCUAUUAUCCAAAAGAAUUUUAUGAAACUACAAUUUUACAUGAUAUCCAAUCUUUGAAGGGAAAACAGUUGAGUAAUGAUCCACAAGACCAAGAAACACUACAACAAAUGAUUGACAUGUUUUUGGGAGAUUUGAAAAAUUGCUCCUCUCAACCACUUCGAUCCAAAGUUGCACAAACUCCUCAAGAAGAGAAAGAUGAAUUAACUCAGUGGAUAGAAAAACAAAAAGAACCAAGUGGUGGGAACAAUAAUUCUCUCACUGAUUUAUAUACAUCAAAAGUAAUGUCACUUCCGACCUUAUAUAAGGUUUUAUGUUUUACAACGAUUGGCUCCUUGGCCUUCAUGAGACUUAAUAGAAUUCCUACAAUAAGCCAAAAAGGCAGAAUCGCCAUAGCGUCCAUUGUCAUGAUGUAUAGUGCAUGGGCUGGCCUUUUCAGACAUUCUUCCAUCACAAAACUUUCAAACAUGUUCACUUCUUGGUUUGAAACAAGUAAUUCUGAGGGUCAACCCACAAUCAGAUUACCCAUCGUCCAUUUAAUAUUCCAACAAUACCUGAACGUUUUUGCCUUCAUUAUUUGGCUCUCCAUGUACAAAUUAGUUCGAUAUGUAGUAUUGCCAGAAGUUCUAUUUGCACUCGAUCGAGAACUCAUUCCGCUGCUUGAUGCUCCAUCCACAAAGGAGAAAAAAUCCAUAGAGACAACCUCAGAAAAACUUAAAACUGAUCAAAAGGAAGAUUAA